GAUCACAAUUCACAAUUUUCAAAUUUGAAAACUUGAAAAAGUCUUAAUUUUAAAUGUAAAAUCACAAUUAUAGUUUAUACUUCCAUUGUUAUAUUGUACGUGUAUAUUUUUGUACAUAUACAAAAAAUAGAUUACUCAAAAAAUAUGGACGGUGACGACACAGCUCCUUCAAACAAAUUCAAUAAAGAAAAGAGCUUGGCUAAAUACCUUCUAAGUUUUAAUGAAUCAUUGCAAAACGAUAAAAAUAAUUCGAGCACUAUUUUGAGAUCUUUUUAUUCAAAUUUGCUAAGAUCUCCAGAAACUGAUUUAAUUUCUCAAAAUUUAAAAAAAUAUGGAGAACUUAAAGACAUGACUUCUUGGAAUAGCAGUUUGGACAGCAGAAACUAUAAAAAUAGAAUAUUAUCCAAAUGUAACAAAGAAAAGAUCUGUCCUUUAUCUAAUAUAACUGAAAUUGAUGUGGAGAAUAUAUUUUCCAAUCCUAUACAUACUAAUGCCUGUCAGGAUAGCGAACUUAAGAUCAAGAAUUUAGAAGUAAAGGUAAAAGAAAACAAUGUAUCAGAAAAAAUUUGGAAAAUUCAGGAUACAGAAAAAAGUUCAAGAGAAUCAAGUAAAAGUUUUGAUCAACCGAAGAUUUUUCAACAGAAAAAAGUAUUACAAAACCUAGUCAAAAGUUCCGAUGAUGACAAAAAAUUGCCUACUUCAGUUUUUAAAAGUGCUCGCGAAGAGUUAUUGUUGCAAUCUUACAAAAAUCGUAACUCUGGUCAAGAAGUUUACUCCGGAAAUAUCAAGAAAACUCUUGGAACAAGAAGAACUGCUCGAUCUGAAUUUGUAUCUCCGGUUCAAAAAAAUUUUAAAAAUAUUGAGAAAAACGAAAUUUCCUUUGAGGCAACUAAAAAUGAAGUGUUAGAUGAUCGACUAAUUAAUAUUGAUCCAAAAAUGAUAGAGAUUAUAAAUAACGAAGUUAUUAACAAUUUAGAACACAUUACUUGGGAUGACAUUGCUGGUUUGGAGGAUGCUAAAUCUGUAAUAAAGGAAUCUAUAAUUUGGCCUAUAUUAAGACCUGAUAUUUUUACCGGAAUAAGGCGUCCACCUAAAGGUAUCUUGUUUUUUGGGCCCCCAGGAACAGGGAAAACAUUAAUUGGAAAAUGCAUCGCCUCUGAGUCCAAGUCAAAAUUUUAUAGUAUAAGUGCCUCCUCGCUUACAUCUAAAUGGAUUGGAGAUGGUGAGAAAAUGGUUCGUGCUUUAUUUGCCGUUGCAACUGUUAAUCAACCCUCAGUAAUUUUUAUUGACGAAAUUGAUUCCUUAUUAUGUAAGAGAACUGAAUCAGAACAUGAAAGCUCGAGAAGACUUAAAACUGAGUUUCUUGUCCAGUUAGAUGGCACAUCAACUUCCAAAGAUGACCUUGUAUUGAUAAUUGGAGCUACAAAUCGCCCUCAAGAGUUAGACGAUGCUGCUCGUAGACGUUUCGUUAGAAGAUUAUAUAUCCCAUUACCAGAUGUAAAAGCCCGUAUUCAAAUAAUAGAAAAUCUUUUAAAAAAUGUAAAACACGUCCUUUCUAAUUCAGAUUUUGCGCUAAUUGGUGCAAUUACUGAAAAUUAUUCAGGAGCUGAUAUUGCUUCGUUAUGUCAAGAGGCAUGCAUGAAACCUUUACGUUCUAUCCCUGUAGAGGAGAUGUCAUAUUUCGACAAAAAUAACGUGCGACCUGUUUUUUUAAGUGAUUUCAAAGACUCGGUAAAGAAAAUUAAACCAAGUGUUUCAAUAAACGAUUUAAAGCAAUACUUGGAAUGGAACGAACUAUAUGGAUGUUGCGAAAUCAAAUAAUAAAGACGAAGUAAAUGCCAAAAUAAAUUU